UUUUGCUUGGCGACAGGAGAUUCUUCAUAUUCAAAAUGGCUGGAUCGCAAAAUGGAAAUUGACAUCGAUAAUGUCGCAGAAAUAGAAAAAUAUGCAUUCCUUCUAGGUUCUGCAAUCAAGAACGAAGACACUGAUCAAUUUUUUAGCAUAUAUGAUUCUCUACUUCCUAAAGAUUUACCUGACAACCAGUUAGAUCUCAUCAAAGACAAAGCACGAGUGGUAUCAGAUCUUCCAGAUAGUGACUUUAACAACCUGGUGUUGAGGGCUAGGACCUUCAGUCUUGCUCCUGCAGGCACCAGGAUGUCCAAUUACAGCCCAGGGGGCUCGCAGUGGACGAAGGCGGGUGAGGCAAGUGAGGAAGAAGACGAGGGCUACGGUUACCAUGGAUAUUCCAGAACACCAGACUCCUCCACCAAAAUCAGCAUGAGGUCAUUGGAGUCAGAAACACGCAAUGACUCUGGUGUGGGAAACUCAAGCAAGGCCACAAACAGCAUUGGUAGCUUUAGUGAUGAUAAUGAAACAGACUAUGAUAGGGGUGUUCAUGACUAUUAUCCAAAGGUAAAGAUACGGUCAGGCUGUGGUUUAAAUCUAGACUAUGAUGAAGCACAUGAAGUAAAGUCUGAACAUUCCUCCCUAGAUAAUAUAAACUCUCCUCGAAGUGAUAUAUCUGAGGGGAUUGAACUUCAAACAUUCCCUUCAGGUCGUAGAGCUAAUGAAGAUACUGAUGAUGACUUUAAUUUCACAAGAGAUUCCACAAGAUAUCAGGAUGACUUUAAUACAGAUGGUGAGAGUGAUGAUGACACAUCUCAUAGAGCUAAAUAUUUCAAUAUGGGUUAUAGGCCACUAGAAAAAGAUGUUCCAAGUUAUAAACAUUAUGAGCCAUCAUUUGAAAGAAGUAGACAUUCAUGGGAGUCCGAACAGUCAACAUCAGGACUAAGAGCAAAUGAAGUUGAUGUUGAUAAAAAGAUCAAUUUUUCUUUAGCAGAAAGUUCCUCAUAUUACAGCAGGUAUCCUAAUUACUACCCAUCAAGUAGUGAGAAAGUAAAGAUAGAAAAAAACAGUUACAAGCGGGACCCACCAUUUGGGCGUGGGCCAGAGCAGCUUCACAAUGUGGGUAGCUCUAUCAGCCAGUUGAUCUCGGGGCGUCCAAGUGACGAGGUGAAAAAUAUGCCAGAAGGCCGCAAACUGGAGCCUCUCCAACCAGAGGAGAGCAGACGGAAAAAGAAGAAAAAGAAAGGUUCAAAAGAUGAUGGUUCAGCAGCCACAGAUGAAAACGGUAACCCUGUAGAGAGUCUAGGGCUCAACCCUUCUCAGUACAAAUCAAUGCGAGAGUCACCCUCCAGCCUUGGAGGGCGACAAUCACAAAAUCUCGACACAUUCAGCUAUGGCACCUUCCAGGGCUCCGUGGAUCAGUCUAGCUCACGAUUCUCUGGCUCUAAAGAUACUGUAGAUGACAGUGCAGCCAAGAAGCGACGGAAGAAGAAAAAUGAAAAACAGGAUUCCAUUAAGUCUGAGGAUAUUGAGGGAUUUAAAGGAAAUCUAAGUCUGGACGAACUAUUAAACUUUAUUGGGGAUAAAAAUGAGAAAAACAAGAAAAAGCUUGCAGCUACAUCCGAAGACAUUCCAUCUAAACCACAGAAAUCUAGUAAGAAAAAUAAAGACAAAAAACAGAAGUCUCUUGCUGUUUCAGCUGAUGUAGAGGAAACUAGUAAGGGGCCUGAUACUGUUCAUGCCGCUGAACAAGAGGCCCAAGUUAGCACACCAGACAAUAUGGGAAACUCAAGUGGUAAAGCUGAUAUUGAAAAUCCUGUUGAAAAUGGUGAUUUAGAUAAUCUUUAUCAAAAUGACAAAUUUGCAUUGCUCAAUGACAAAAAAUCUGAGAAGUUUGCUAUCAAGAAACCACUCUCUGAGAAUGAAUCUGAUGUUAUUGGAACAGAAAACCAUGUGUAUGAAAAGGAAAAUGACCUGAUUAAUUUUAAUAAUAGAGUUACAUUAGAGGACACUGUUGGCUUUGUAACAGUUGAAACUAAAAAGAAAAGUGAAAAGACUGGAAAAACUAUUAAAAGUGAAAAGCUAGAAAGUCCUGUAUCCACCACAGAGGUCACAAUUAAAGUUGAUAAUAAUGUAAAACAAAAAAAUGCCAAGAACAAAAAGUCAAAGCCAUCAAGUCCUACAAUUAAAGCUGAAUUUGAUUCAGUUGUGUACAAAAACACAAGUUCUGUUUUGGAUAUAGCAGAUUUGCAUACAGAUCUGGAUUCAAAUUUUAUUUUCACUGACUUGUAUGUCGCCCCUGUUCCUAAGGAAGAUGAGUUCCAAGUUGUAGGCAAGAAAAAGAAAAAGCCUGGAAAAGAAACACCAAAUCACCAAAAUAACAUUAUUGUGCCUGCUGUUAAUUCAAAGCAAGGUCGUAGAUAUGAUGAUAAGCGUAUUGCAGCACCUGCCUCUAGCAGUAGGCCAGUGCAGCAGGCUAUCUCGGCUCAUAUGCAUCAGAUGGAGAGUGACCCCCACAUGCGAGACUUAAGUCCCUCUGCCUUCCCUGCUCUCAGUGGAGGCAAGAGCAGACAACAGGAAGGACGUCGCAACUCGACAGGUGAUGUCCAGAUCCCAUCAGUACUGAAGACCCAGGAUGAUAGUGAUUUGGAGUCAGUGAAGUCACUGCCAGCUACCAAGGGCAGUGGAGCGGUGGAAGGAGCCUUGUCUCCUAGACUGUCUUACGCAAGAAUGGCAGCCACAGUGUCAUCAUCAAAACCUCUUGACUCUCAAGAAUGUAAUCCGCUAAGUUGUAGUUUUGAAAGUGGUGAUAGUGACAUUGACCCGAAAAAAGCAGUCUGGAAAGGUAGUCCAACUGAAAGAAGACAUUCAAUAGGUUCUAGUCCAGAAGAAAUAAAUAAAAUCACUGGGAAGGAUAAAACAUCCGUUUCCAGCCCUGCAAAAUGUAGCACUCAGGACCAUAUUUUAGCAGAUGCUGCUCUUAAACCUAUGAAACAAAGCACUGCUAAAAUAACAAAUGCUUGGGCACACGACAUUGAAAAUAAAGUACAGGAGGAACACAGUUCUGUUGAAAAUGCCCAGUCUCCUAGUGGGGAUUGUAAAGACCAAUCUUAUGCCAAAGUGUUUUCAUCCCCUGAACAAAACUCACUGUCAUUCAUGUCAAAUUCCAGUUUAGAAAUUGUUAGUUUGAGUCAUUCAUCUGAGAUACAAGUAUCUAAACAUAGUAUAGAUAACAGUGUCAGUGAGACUAACUAUGUGAAUUCUGGUAGCUCUAGUAGUGGUAAAACAAAUAGCCAUUAUGGCAUUCAUAAACAGGAUAGUUACAAAGUUAGGUCAUUAAAUAAUUAUAAUGGUAAGAAACAGAAGUCUGUGAUCUUUUUAGAUAAACGUGUUGAAGAAUCAACCGGAAACUUGGGAAUAUCUUUCGGUUUUGAGAUUGGUUCUUUGGACAAAUCUAAUCCAUUGCAUAAAACAGAUGACAUGAAUAGUGAUGAAAUAAUUUCAAAUAAGUCUGAACAGAGUUCAGAAUCAAGUAGUGUUAUUAAUGAAAGUGUAAAUGAUUUAUCAGAACCAAAGGAAGCUACAAAUGUAGACAUGGAUUCAGUUAGCUGUUCAUCUUCCAUUUCUAGUGUGAUAUCUGAUGGUGCAGAAAAGGAUCAAGUCAAACCAAGUUUGUCCAAUGAUGUGCUUUCAGACACAGUCAAUAAAUCACAUCUUGUUCAUAUAAAUGGAAUAGUGAAUAAUGUUAAGGAUGUAAGUGUCCAUCAAGGAAAGAUUGAAUCCUCAGAGCAAUCUGAACCUUGUAGUAAUCAACCAGACCACAAACCUCAAAGUGUACCAGUGCCCACCAUGCACACUCCUGAUGCAAUUGGGAACGAUGUUUACUAUGGAGAAUGGGUGUCUGCUAUUAAGAAGGGGGUAACUGGCCCUAGUCCCACAAAUGGCCCCACUCAAUACUGCGGCCUUGCCAGGUUUUUCCCAAGGAAUGAACUGAGGAGCAACUUCAACAUCUCAGAUGCAGCUUUCUUCCUAACACGAGAAUGGGACAGAACGGUGGAGGAACAGAAAAAAGAGCCAGAGAUGGUGCAGAUACAUGAGGAUUAAGCAAGCAGGAGUGUUGGUGGUGGGCAGGAGCAUGUAUGGUGGCAGUGGGCAGUCGGGUGCUAGGUGGGCAUAAGCAUGUCUGGUGGGUUGACGCGUGGGCGAUGGUCCUCUGUCUAUGGAGCUGCCCCUGGGUUGAAAUACUGCAACAUCAUGAAGCUGUUAUGUGCAAGGAGAUGCAAAAGAUUGUGCUUUUACAUUCGAACGUGAUGUAGAGAAGAAAACUCACAAAAACUUCAAUAAAUUGUUCAUCGAAACCUCAUUUUGCAAUCAUUUCAUUUGCAUAAACCUUUUGUGUUAAUGUAUUUGCUAUAUAUUAUUUGCUAUGGUACAAUUAUGUGUUGGCAUCAUCAGGAACUCUCCAAACUGUGCUAUUCCUCGCUUUAUUCAGAAAUAUUUUAUAUUGUCAAGCAAACCCAUAUUUAUUAUCCCCACCGAACCCAAGGUUUCCGUAGUGGGAUAUUAUUUUGGCGUUGUCUGUCACAUUAUUUUCUUUAUGGCACCAUAUCUUGGAAGAGAUUGGUCAGAUUAUGUUCAAACUUGGGUCAGAAUGUUCCCCUUGAAGAAAUCUCGACCGUUUGUAAUAGUACUAGGUUUUCCUUUAUGAACUCAUGGAUAUAUUUAAAACUAGGUCAUCUGGUGUCAAAGACUAGGUCAUUAGGUCAGAUUUUAGAAAUGCUUUGUGAACACAUUGGAGGCUGUACUUUGAGCUAACUUGAGUUUUCCCGUUGCCCACUGUCAAGCAACCAUCCAUCAUUCCUCAACAAUUCCUUCAUACAACAUCUUCUCCUUAACCGUCUGGCCAAUUUAGAUUAAAUCACUUGGAUGUUGCCCUUUCAAAUUAAUUCAAAGAAUGAAUUUCAUACAGAAUUCUGAAAACUAUUCAAAAAUCUAAACAAGAACGAUGAGAUUAGAUAUUUGGUGGUAACAUUGUAAUGUGGUCCUCUAUCAGGUUAUUCAAAUUAUGCUGGGUCAACACUGGCCCUUCCUGGGGCUCAAGUUUCUUAGAUACUUAUAUAGGAAAGUCUUUGAAAAUCUUCUUGUCUGAAACUGCUAGGCACAGACUUGAUAUUUGUUUGUUAUGAUGGCCCCCAACCAAGUUUGUUCAAAUAAUGCCCUUUUGACAUACUGUCUUAUUUUUGAAGCUACAGCAAUGAAAUUGACCAUGUGUACAGUAUUGAAAUGAAAUAUCAAUGUUGUGUUUGGAUGAUCUUAACAACUACAACAUUUGACAAUACUUGGUAAUAGUUUAAUCCCUAGAUGCAUUUCCAUAAACCAAUAAACUCAUUCAUUCUCAUAAAAAAUAAAGGUUUAAAACUCACUCAGGUGAGCGAUUAAAGGCCAUCAACUCCCUCUUAUUUUUCAAUAUGUUUGGUCCAGUCUGUAGAAAUUUAAUCAGAAUGUUUGCCUUGAUGAAAGCUUGGAUAAGUUUGAAUUUGGGUCAUAUGGGGUCAAUGACAAUGUCACAAGGUUAAAUCUUAGAAAAAUACUUGAGGGUCUUAAAUAUAGUCAAUUCUUAGCCAUACUAUUAUCCAUAUGAAUAUAUGUUAAAGAAAAAAAACUUCCGUGCACUGACCAUCACUUGAUUGCAGUGAAACUUGAUAAGCUUGAAAAUAACAUACAGUGAACAUGAUCAGCAUGUACUUUAAAAUGACAUUUUUUACUAUUUACUGCUAUCACAUGAGACAUAAUUGAACUAUCACGUCGAAAUCAUUUAAUUUCAUGCGAAGCUUAAAAAUUCUUCUCUAUAAAUAACUCUCUUGCAUUUAAGAUAAUUGCAGACAAACUCAAACUCAUUACCAACGUUCAUAAGAGUCCGCCUAUCUGCAGCCAUAUUACAUGUUUGAUAGAAAUAUUUCACCAACUUUUAAUUUCCAUUCCAUGUACUUUGCCUUAUCAGGCAGGUUUUUUUAUCAAUUCAAAAAUUUGCUUGUUUAUGUAUGAUUCUGUUUAGAACACUAAGUCUUGACCUUGGCCUUUACUGUAUGAAUUCUGGACCAGGUGUUCAUUCAGAAUAAAACAAAAUGUAGUCUAUGCACACUGUCAUUUAUAUAUGUCUGUUCGUUAAGAACUGUUAUGGUUUACAUGUAUGUGUGGGGAUUUACUUGAAAGCUUCUAAAUAUUAUUUAAUGCUAAGUAGCUAUAACUGAAAUAAUGCAAGGACUGCACAAGCUUUUCGAUAUUAACAUCUAUACUAUACGCUUGAAAUAUCCGCCUUGAUUUUGACAUUAUUUUGGAAUUGAAAUGUUUAUUUUCGUUGAGAUUAAGGUAUAUGAUAUGCAGACAAGCUAAUUAUUUCAUAGAAACAUAGGUUACACUGUAAAUAAUAUUGCCUGAUGACAAAAAUGUGAAAUGAAUAUUGCUUGAACUUCUGAUAGAUUUAAGUUUAAGAUAACUUCAUUAUAUAGAUUGAAUUAAAAUGUAAUACAAUUCACUUCUCUACAAGACUGAUACAAAAUGAACAAGGCCCAACCUGGCAUUCAACAUUCACAUAUUUAUGUUUCAUUUAUCUUAAUCAUACAGACUUAUUUUGAAAACCAUUGUACUUACUUGUCAUUUUACUAUCAGUAAUCGUUUUUGGUUUGUUAUCAUUUCUUGUAAUACCCUUUCAUGCCAACAACACCCGUUGCUGUUAUACAUGCGUUUGUGUGUGUGUGUGCAUAGUUAUAUUUAAUAUUGAGUGUUGCCAUAGUGUGUGUGUGUAUAAAAUGCACUGCGGCAUUGUUUUGUGCCAGAAUUGUUACUUUGGUUAUUAAUUUUAUUGUUACUUGCAUAAUCAUGCUUUCAAGCAGCUAUGGAAGCCACGGAGCACUGAACAAUAUAAAGAUUGUUUUCCUGUGAUUGGACAUUCAUGGAUUGUAUUCAGCUGUGUGAUUUGCUUACAGGUCAUUUGCCUGUCCAACGUAUGGUGUAUGAACUGCGGUUAUAAAUGUUAAGUAUGUGAAACCUUCUGUCAAGUUAUUCACUGAAACCUCAGUGCUCGUUCGCCUUGCAAUUUGCAGAUGGCUUUAUGGUGCCUUGCUUUUCUCAUUGUUUUUUUUUUUGCCACUUAGUCUUAUAUUUGCAUAUUUAUUUUUUUAAAUAUUGUUUAAAUGAUUAGUUUCUCUUGACAGAAAGUGAAAAUAAAUAACUGACAUUUAAAUAGAAAUGGCAUAGAAUUUAUGGAGAAUAAAAUUAAAGUACCGUAAUUGUGAAAUACAAAAAAAAAAUGUAUGCUAACAGCAAUGAAUAACUAAUAAUCAUAACUGAAUAUGUUUGGCUGAUGUAUUGAACAAUGAUUAAAUCUUACAGAUAUUAAAGGAAAAGUACUUCAAUUUGGAGAAGUUCAUUGUUUUCUGCAUACUAGCCUUGGCGGCAAUUUUAUCACAAAUCCUAGGAUCAGUUUUGUAUCUGUGAGAGAUUUUAAACAAUAGUACUGAACUAUUGAAAACAGAGUACAGUACAAAAUGGCCUGUAAGAUUUGUUGAUGAAACUGCCCCCAGAACUAGAUUUUAUGCUUGAAAAAAAUCAGCUUUACACUCCCAGAGGGCUAUUCUUUGACAAAAUUAACAGAAGAAAAAAAUGAAAAAAAAAUCUCUAUGGUUUUAAAAAGAAUGGUAUCAAUUCAUAUUUAAUUACUUGAAAAAUAUCAUUGAUACUUUUUUGUACACUCUUAAAUGUUGGAUUGCUGUUAAUGCUUUUAUGAGGUUACAUACCAUUACAAUUGUGGAAUCCAGAAUUUGAGCAACUACUCCAGGGUAAAACUUUCAAUGGAGACUGUAAGAAAUCUAAAAGAAUGCCCCUUUAAUUUUAAAAAUUCUGUGUUUAACUGAUCUGGGAACAAAGCGGCAGUUUGAUUAGAUUUGCAAAUCUGAUUCAAAGCUCUAAUUUUCAUACUGUUAUUUCGAAGAAUAGAUUGACUGUUGUUUGAUUUUAUAUGAUCAAUAAGAUUUGUUAUGUACAGGUUUGUUAUUUGACUUUUAGUUAGGAGUAUAUUUUUGUUACAUCAAAUUGUGUUACCUUUACCAUUCUGGUCAAAGUAAUCAAAAGAUAGAUUUCAAAAUAAACAUUUACAGAUGAAUUUUAGGUAAGAGUCAACAAAAACUGUUGUCUGUGGAUUAGGUUUUUACAGAAAAUUAAAAACAACAACAUACUUUUUACUUAAAAAUGGAAUGUACCAUGUUCAUUACAUGAUAAACAUUUUUUGUUUGUACAAUACCAUUAGUUAAAAAGAACCUUACACAGCUCAUUAAUGAUUCCAAUUGGUGUGUUCCUCUUCAGGAAAAUUAUGCUUAAUGUUGGUCAGAAACAGCUGAAUAUUUUCAUGUUAUAUUUAGUAUGUUCUUUAUACCUGAAGGUGUAUGGUUCUCAAACAUUUCAUUAUCAAUGGUAAGACCUUAGAAGAGGAUAUUGGUCAAGCAAAGCUAAGUAAUAAGAGGUAAAUAGUUAAGGAAAGCUAAGUAAUAAGAGAUAAAUGGUUAAGGAAAGCUAAGUGAUAAGAGGUAAAUAGUUAAGGAAAGCUAAGUGAUAAGAGAUAAAUGGUUAAGGAAAGCUAAGUGAUAAGAGGUCAAUGGUCAAGAAAGGCUCCAGUGAUAAGAAAAUAAUUGUAAAAAUAUAUACUCGAUGUGAGGUUGACGGUGAAGAAUUGCUCAAUGAGGUUAAUGGUCAAGAAAAGCUAAGUGAUUUUAAUCCAUUAAUCCACACGUUAACCUUACUUUCCAUAUUGUAUUUCAUUGUUGAAAAAAUAAAAGUACAUUUCCUAAUAAUCAUAAAAUAAUGAUAAUGGUUCCCAAAAUAAAUAUAUAUAUAUAUAU